AAAGGAUGUAAAUCAUAUUCAGUCAAUUUAUUUUCCAAUUUUGAGUUGUUGCUCAUUGUCAGUUGGUGGGUGUGGGAACAACUUAAUAAAGUUUGGGUAAUUUAGUUUCCAGUUUAAAUUCUCGACUGGCAAUUGGCCGAAAACUGCCAUCUGAAGACCUGGGCAUCCAAAAGUCAUUUUGUGAUUUGGCUACUGUCUGCUUGACAUAGGAAAGCACUAUCAAGAAAGACUAAUGGAGUGACUAAAAGGAAAUCAAUGGAAUGAAUGCCAUAAAGGAGGACCCAGAUUUCUUCAAUUGAAUUUAAAGUUGUUACAUGCAGACAUUUUUAAUGGAAAAUCUUAAACUUCCACCACAAGAAGAUUAUAAAGAGGUCCCUCCUGCACCAAGAAAGAUCUGCAGGUCUUUUUCAGUGUUCUUGGAGGUAUGGGGUGUGAGAACUUGAUCAGUUUGUGUCAGCCACCUUGUUCUCUAAAGGAAUCUGUAGAUGCAUAUGGAGGGGAUGGUACGCAGCCGUGAAUUGGCAAAGAGCUUGGGUGAAUAUACAAGCAGCUAAUCUCUCACCUUGUUCCAGUUACAAAUUAUAAUACUGUGGUAGAAACAAACUCAGAUUCAGAUGAUGAAGACAAACUCCAUAUUGUGGAAGAAGACAGUGUUACAGAUGCAGCUGAUUGUGAAGGUGGUGUGCCAGAGGAUGACCUGCCAACAGACCAAACAGUGUUACCAGGGAGCAGCGAAAGGGAAGGAAAGGCUAAGAACUGCUGGGAGGAUGAUGGAAAAGAAGGGCAAGAAAUCCUGGGGCCUGAAGCUCAGGCAGAUGAAGCAGGAUGUACAGUAAAAGAUGAUGAAUGCGACUCAGAUGCAGAAAAUGAGCAGAACCAUGAUCCUAACGUUGAAGAGUUCCUGCAGCAACAAGACACUGCUGUCAUUUAUCCUGAGGCACCAGAAGAGGACCAGAGGCAAGGCACACCAGAAGCCAGUGGUCACGAUGAAAAUGGAGCACCAGAUGCAUUUUCCCAAUUACUCACCUGUCCAUAUUGUGAUAGAGGCUAUAAACGCUUUACCUCUCUGAAAGAACACAUUAAGUAUCGCCAUGAAAAGAAUGAAGAUAACUUUAGUUGCUCCCUGUGCAGUUAUACCUUUGCAUACAGAACCCAACUUGAACGUCACAUGACAUCACAUAAAUCAGGAAGAGAUCAAAGACAUGUGACGCAGUCUGGGGGUAAUCGUAAAUUCAAGUGCACUGAGUGUGGGAAAGCUUUCAAAUACAAACACCACCUAAAAGAGCACUUAAGAAUUCACAGUGGAGAGAAGCCAUAUGAAUGCCCAAACUGCAAGAAACGUUUUUCCCAUUCUGGUUCCUAUAGCUCACACAUAAGCAGUAAAAAAUGUAUCAGCUUGAUGCCUGUGAAUGGGCGACCAAGAACAGGACUGAAAACGUCUCAGUGUUCCUCACCGUCUCUCUCAGCAUCGCCAGGCAGUCCCACUCGACCACAGAUACGGCAAAAGAUAGAGAAUAAACCCCUUCAAGAACAACUUUCUAUAAACCAAAUUAAAACUGAACCUGUGGAUUAUGAAUUCAAACCCAUAGUGGUUGCUUCAGGAAUCAACUGUUCAACCCCUUUACAAAACGGGGUGUUUAGUGGUGGUGGCCCGUUGCAGGCAACCAGUUCUCCUCAGGGUGUGGUGCAAGCUGUUGUUCUGCCAACAGUUGGCCUGGUGUCUCCCAUAAGUAUCAAUUUAAGUGAUAUUCAGAAUGUACUUAAAGUGGCAGUGGAUGGUAAUGUAAUACGGCAAGUUUUGGAGAAUAAUCAAGCCAAUCUUGCAUCCAAAGAACAAGAAACAAUCAAUGCUUCAUCCAUACAACAAGGUGGCCAUUCUGUUAUUUCAGCCAUCAGUCUUCCUUUGGUUGAUCAAGAUGGAACAACCAAAAUUAUCAUCAACUACAGUCUUGAGCAGCCUAGCCAACUUCAAGUUGUUCCUCAGAAUUUAAAAAAAGAAAAUCCAGUCCCCACAAACAGUUGCAAAAGUGAAAAGCUACCAGAAGAUCUUACUGUUAAAUCUGAGAAGGACAAAAACUUUGAAGGGGGAGUGAAUGAUAGCACUUGCCUUCUGUGUGACGACUGUCCCGGAGACCUUAAUGCACUUCCAGAACUAAAGCACUAUGACCUAAAGCAGCCUGCACAGCCCCCUCCACUCUCCGCAGCAGACGCUGAGAAGCCCGAGUCCUCUGCCUCGUCAGGUCCUGGAGAUGGUAAUUUGUCUCCCAGUCAGCCACCUUUAAAGAACCUCUUGUCUCUUCUGAAAGCAUAUUAUGCUUUGAAUGCACAACCAAGUGCAGAAGAGCUCUCAAAAAUUGCUGAUUCAGUAAAUCUACCACUGGAUGUAGUAAAAAAGUGGUUUGAAAAGAUGCAGGCUGGACAGAUUUCAGUGCAGUCUUCAGAACCGUCUUCUCCGGAUCCAGGCAAAGUGAAUAUCCCUGCAAAGAGCGAUGAUCAGUCUCAGUCUGCAAAUGCAGGUGAGCCCCAGGACAGCACAGUAAAUCUGCAGAGCCCUUUGAAGAUGACAGACUCUCCCGUUUUGCCCGUGGGAUCAACCAGCAAUGGUUCCGGAAGCAGUACAUCAUCCCCGUCACCGCUAAACCUUUCCUCAUCCAGAAAUGCACAGGGUUACUUGUACACAGCAGAGGGUGCACAAGAAGAGCCACAAGUAGAACCUCUUGAUCUUUCACUACCAAAGCAACAGGGAGAAUUGCUGGAAAGGUCAACUAUCACUAGUGUUUACCAGAACAGUGUUUAUUCUGUCCAGGAAGAACCCUUGAACUUGUCUUGCGCAAAAAAGGAGCCACAAAAGGACAGUGGUGUUACAGACUCAGAACCAGUUGUAAAUGUAAUCCCACCAAGUGCCAACCCCAUAAACAUUGCUCUACCUACAGUCACUGCCCAGCUGCCCACAAUCGUGGCCAUUGCUGACCAGAGCAGUGUCCCAUGCUUGCGAGCACUCGCUGCCAAUAAGCAAACCAUCCUGAUCCCCCAGGUGGCUUACACGUACUCUGCCACCGUCAGCCCUGCAGUCCAGGAACCACCCUUGAAAGUGAUCCAGCCAAAUGGAAAUCAGGAUGAAAGGCAAGACACCAGCUCAGAAGGAGUAUCAAAUGUGGAGGAUCAGAAUGACUCUGAUUCUACACCACCCAAAAAGAAAAUGCGAAAGACAGAAAAUGGAAUGUAUGCUUGUGAUUUGUGUGAUAAGAUAUUCCAAAAGAGUAGUUCAUUAUUGAGACAUAAAUAUGAACACACAGGGAAGAGGCCUCACGAGUGCGGCAUCUGCAAGAAGGCCUUCAAACACAAGCACCACCUGAUAGAGCACCUGCGCCUGCACUCCGGGGAGAAGCCCUACCAGUGCGACAAGUGCGGGAAGCGCUUCUCGCACUCGGGCUCCUACUCGCAGCACAUGAACCACCGCUACUCCUACUGCAAGCGCGAGGCCGAGGAGCGUGACGGCGACGGGGACGGGGACGCGGGGCGGCCACGCGCGGGGGGCCCCGGGCAGCCGGGCGCCAGGGCGUCGCCCUCGCAGGGGGACUCGGAUGAGAGGGAGAGUUUGCCGAGGGAAGAGGACGAGGACAGCGAAAAGGAGGAGGAGGAGGAGAAAGAGAUGGAAGAAUUGCAGGAAGAAAAGGAAUGUGAAAAACUAGAGGGGGAGGAGGAGGAGGCGGCGGAGGAGGAAGAGGAGGAGGAGGGAGAAGAGGCGGAGCUCGAGGGAGAAGCAGCAGAAGCUGAAGGUCCCUUGAAGGAUGAGGGAGCUGCGAGCCCAGCAAGCAGCUUAGAACGAAAAGUCAGCGAGGAUAGCGAGCAAGUGUCUGAAGAAAAGACAAAUGAAGCCUGAUAGUUUUUCUGGAAGGAAAAUCAAUUCUAAAUUGGUAAUGAAGUUUGUUCUAUAUUAUCCAUGCUUUUCAUGGAAACACAGUAACCUGUAUGCUGUGAUUCCUGUUCACUACUGUGUAAAGUAAAAACUAAAAAAAUACAAAAUACAAAAAAAAAAAAAACCCACACACAAAAAAAAAUCCGGGUGUGCCUGACCUAGUAAUUUUUCAUGCAGUUUUCAAAGUUAGGAACAAGUUUGUGACAAGAAGCAGAUUAGAAAACUUAAAUGACUCAGAAAGCGAAGAUUAACAGGUUAAAGGAAACUGAUUAGAUAAGCAUCUGGCAUGGUUUUAUUUUAUCAGUAUUAAUUAUCACUCUUAUGUUGGUUUAUUCUUAAGCUGUACAAUUGGGAGAAAUUUUAUAAUUUUUUAUUGGUAAACAUAUGCUAAAUCCGCUUCAGUAUUUUAUUAUGUUUUUUAAAAUGUGAGAACUUCUGCACUACAAAAUUCCCUUCACAGCGAAGUAUAAUGUAGUUCCAACCCAUGCUGACUACCUUUUAUAAAUUCAGUUUAGAAGGUAGUAAUUUCUAAUAUUUAGAUGUCAUUGUAGAGCAUAUUAACAUUUAAAGUGUAUUGUUAGCCUUAAGAAAGCAGCUGAUAGAAGAACUGAAGUUUCUUACUCAAAUGUGGUUUAAGUGAAGUUCAGAAGGUUGUCGUGACAUUCUGACAGCAGGGACUAACAGUGUUCAUACCGGGAAGGACAACAGCGUCGUCAGAAUCAGUGUCUGUGAUUGUGUUUUGAGAAUGUGGUAACAAAUAUAAAGGAUGUGACACGAAGCUUUGUAUCUCCUUUGGCCUUAAGCAAGACCUGUGUGCUGUAAGUGCCAUUCGCAGUAUUUUCAAGGCUCUAACCCGCCUUCACCCAGUGUGGGGCCUACAAUAACUAACAUUUGUUGAUUUGUUUGUUGUAUCAAAAUUCCCAAAUAAAACUUAAAACCACUGACUCUGUCAGAGAAGCUGAAACACUGGGACAUUUCAUCCUUUAAUUCCUCAGUAUUCAUUUUGCGUUAAUUGACUCAAUUUCUCUACAGAAACGAAAGGGAAAUUUUCUAAUCUGCUUUAUCCACGUACUUGCAUUUCGCACGUGGACAUGCCAUUGUUAUUUGGCUCAUAAUUGUUUCCAAAUGUUAGUUAUUAUGGACCCAGUUUAUUAACAUUAGCUGAUUUUUACCUAUCAGUAUUAUUUUAUUUCUUUUAGUUUAUAGAUCUGUGCAACAUUUUUGUACUGUAUGUCUUCAAACCUGGCAGUAUUAAUACCCUUCUUACUGACAUAUGUACUUUUAGUUUUAGAAAACUUUUAUAUUUAUGUGUCUUAUUUUUAUAUUUCUUUAUUUAUUACACAGUGUAGUGUAUAAUACUGUAGUUUGUAUUAAUACAAUAAUAUAUUUUAGUAUGAAAAUUUGGAAAGUUGAUAAGAUUUAAAGUAGAGAUGCAAUUGGUUCUCUUGCAUUGAGAUUUGAUUUAACAGUGUUAUGUUAACAUUUAUACUUGCCUUGGACUGUAGAACAGAAUUUAAAUGGGAAUGUAUUAGUUUUACAACUACAAUCAAGUCAUUUUACCUUUACCCAGUUUUUAAUAUAAAACUCUUAAAUUUUGAAAUUCACUGUGUGACUAAUAGCAUGACGCUCUGCAGUUUUAUUAAGAGAUUAGCCUAACCAUAAAACUGUCAUUUCCUUAGUAAGCCAAAUUAGGAUUACCUUAUAUAAACAGUGUUGGGAACAAUGUUUAACAUUUUGUGCCAAUUUGUUCCUGUAUUCAUGUAUGUAAGUUACAAAUCUGAUUCUUCAUUUUUAAGUUCCUUGUUACACCAUGGUCAUUUUCUAGUUUUUUACCAGACUCCCCCAUCUCACAAUAAAAUGCAUCAACAAGCCUGA